UGGCAGAGUGUCAAACGCAGUCAAACAAGUCGUCAAGUCCAAGUUGAGGCAGAAAGUUGGGCGAGCGUAGGAGAGUGCAAGAGAGCAGGAGCGAGCGGGGGAGUGCAGGAGAGAGUGAGCACACGCGAGGCAGCGUCAGGUGUAUAACUAAUUGAUUGGUUACGAUGGAGGCUCUGAAAAUUCUUGGUCCGUUCUUCGAUUAAAGAUGCGCGUACGCUCGCCGUAUGCUCGUCGCAAUGUCGUCUUGGAAAAGCUCGAUAUCCCUGAAACUAAGGACAGCAUAGGUGCAGGCGCAAUCGGUAAUUUCGGCACUUCUUCCACUACUUAUUCGUGUCUAACGUCGUGUCCAGUGUACUUUGCCGAAUGAUCGUUCCUUCCAGUUUUGCUCGAACUAAUGAUCGAGAUGCUUUUAAAGGGGUCGUGACAAGAGGUCGUACCAGUGUAUACCGCUCGCGGUAAUCACGGUCGUACGUUAGAAAUAAUUUUAGCAAGAAUCUUCCGAGUCGUCGGUGAGUCUCGAGGCCCUUCGAGUUGAACUGCCAGCUCGUAUCAUGAUGGGAAUAUUGUAUGAGAAGAGGCCACUGAAGAGGCCUAGAAUCGGUCCUCCGGAUGUCUAUCCUCAGGAACCGAAGCAGAAAGAAGACGAGCUGACCUCGAUUAACGUCAAGCAUGGCUUUGCCACCAUGCCCCAGCUCUCCGAUGAAUUUGGUACUGCGAGGCAUUGCAAUGUUACUGCGGCUAAGGUCGGGGCUUAUUUUAAUGCAAUUCUUGCCAAAAAGGAAGAGUUCGCAACCAUGCCGGACACUGGUCGAAAGAGACAGCAGAUUAAUCCAAAGGACAACUUCUGGCCCGUUACAGCUAGGACCAAAAAUGGAAUAGAGGCUUGGUUCAAAGACCUUUCGGGCUGUAAGCCAUUGAUUGCUCUUGCUAAGAAGGCUCCAAAUUUUAAUAAGAAGGAGGAACUCUUUAUGAUGCUCUGUGAAUACCAAGUGCCAAUGUUAAGGGCGGCAUGGUUUAUUAAACUAAGUUCUGCUUUUACGGUUGCAGUGUCCGAGAUAAAAAUUAAAAAGAGGCAGUUACCAGAUCCCACUACGGAAUGGACUGGAACACUUAUUAAAUUCCUGAAAGAUCAGUUAUCCAAAUUGCAAGAGUAUUAUCAUUUAGGCAGUGUAUCGUUGAAUGCCACAAACGGCACUGUGAAUGUGAUUCCCCUGACAAGCAAUGGCUGCGCGAGUACACCUAACAGUCAAACUACGAUUCCAAAUCCUCCCAAUGCCGUGUUGUCAGGAUCCGUCAUGAACGAGGACCAUAAACUAGCGUUGAAACAGUGGCACUAUUGCGUUCAAUUAGCUAAGUACAUGUUCGAAGAGGGCCUGUUGGACAGGCAGGAGUUGUUACAAUGGAUCUUAGAGUUAUUAGAUAAAAUACGUUCCACUCCUUCCGAGGAUGGUAUAUUGAAACUUCUACUGCCACUAGCUCUCCAAUACCUGGAGGAGUUUGUUAAGUCCGAGCUACUGGCCAGGAGAUUGGCAUACCUGUGCUGUCGAAAGAUAGCUCAUAUGUGCAACAAUAUUGACGCGUCCAGCAAUCCACAAAGUCCUACAAUCCUUGGGCCACCGGUGAAGAUUGAAGGCAACGGCCAAGGAAAAGAUGGUCCAGUUGAUCGUUCGAUACCCAACCCUUUAACGGCCGUCUUCAAUGACUACCUCAAUUGUCCGCACCACAGGGACGUCAUUUAUCCCCUCUCAACGAUAAUUCAGGUGAUAGCGUUGGAAUGUCCAACAGCCCUGGUGUGGAACAGUGUCGGAGAGGGCAAGGCACCUUCCGUUCUGAAUGGCUCCCCACUGGACUAUCUUCCUUGUCCUCCAACAGCUCUGCCAACACCUCCCAGUGGUGCGACGGACGCAACCUUGAGGCAGCUAAGGAUCGCCCAGGAAAGCAUUCGAGCAAGGUCUCAGGCUGCGGAGAGCAGGUGGUCCUGCGACAAGUGGCAGCAAAGCAGUGCUGGCAUGACCACCACUAAAGUGCUGGCAGCUCUCGAUGCUCUGGAUCGACACAGCUUCGACAGAACCGACGCCACCAACUCGCUGGACACUCUUUAUGCAAAGAUCUUUGUAGCUGCCCCGAAGGAGGCGGCAACGGCGACGUCGAGCUCCGGUGAACGCGACUCCAAGACGGAGUACGACCCUCGACAGGACUCCGCAGUUAUAGAAAUACUCUGCGAAUGGGCUGUCAGUGCCGAAAGAUGGGGCGAGCACAGGGCGAUGGCAGUAGCAAAACUCCUGGAAAAGAGGCAAGCCGAGGCCACCGGCGAGACAAACGACAACGACGACAAGGACAGCGUCUGCAGCAACGGCACACCCCCAGGUCUGCCUAUUUUCCAGCCUCUGCUUAUGAAGUUCCUCGACUUCGACGCACCGGUCCUCGACAGCAAUUCUGCGCAGUCCAGGGUGCAGUUCACCAACCUGGUGCACCUCUUCUCGGAGUUGAUUCGGCACGAUGUCUUCUCCCAUGACGCCUACAUGUGCACCCUGAUAUCCAGGGGCGAUCUUGUUCAAGGCCCUGCUGCGAGUAAACCGAGCACACCGAGUAACCGCGAGCCCCUCGACGAAGACAGUCUCUUCCAGGGGAUAGACCUGAAGCCGGCGAAGCUGGAGGUUCCCGACCAUACGAGGACGAUGGACUAUGACGACAGCAAGAUUGACGAUGACCUGGACAAGCUGUUGCAGCAUAUCAAGGAGGAUCAGCAGAAUAGCAUGGACGCUCCGGAUAGCCCCAAGGAUGACACCCUGGCGAACCCUCACAGUACUCACGAUGGGGUUGACAACAAAUCCUCCAGUCCUAGCAGACAUUUGUUGUAUACGACGCACUUUCCUCUUCCUCAGGAUGAAACGUGCAGCCAGCACGACUGCAACCAGCGACACGUUUUGCUCUAUGGGGUGGGCCGUGUUCGCGACGAAGCUCGCCAUGUCGUGAAGAAGAUGACGAAGGAGAUCUGCAAGCUCUUCGGGAAGAAGUUCAGCAUCGACGUGGCCGAGGGAGGGAAGGUGAAGAAGCACUCGCGUAGCGAGUUCAGCUUCGAGGCAGUGACGCAGAAAUUCCAAAACCUGAGCUACUUCGAUCAGCACGUUGUCACCUGGCAGUGCGCCACCCAGGUCGUCGAGAUGCUGAACGCCUUCGCCCUGGCUGGCUCUUCCUAUCUGCCAGUGCAGGAGCACGUGGCCUUCCUGUUCGACCUGACCGAGCUCGCGCUUAAUAUCUACGGAUUGAUCGACGUUUGUAUACAGAUACUGAAGGAGCUGCCCGAGGUCGAGGCCCAGCUGGCCGCGAGGAACAGCCAACUAGUCAGGAGCUACACCACGAGCUUGAGCCUCUACGUCGUCGGGGUGCUGAGGAGAUACCACUGUUGCUUGCUAUUGUCUCCCGAGCAGACGACGGCGGUCUUCGACCUCCUCUGCAAGGUCGUCAAGCACGUCUCCAACCCCAGCGACUGCAGCUCGGCCGAGAGAUGCGUCCUGGCCCAUCUCUACGACCUUUACUCCAGUUGCUCGCUCUUGAAAACCAAAUCCCACGGGGUGGAGGCCUUCAGCAACGCGUAUCCGAAGAUCCGCACGGCGCUUUACAGCGCCCUUCAGCCCGCACCCUCGAACCACGUCUACAAUUCGCAGUUCAUGGUCGACGUCUUCAACAGUCCCAGGAGAGGAGGCAAAAUCGAGCCCCAAUGGGCCAGGCAACUCAACGAGACUCCGGCUAAUCGUUAUAGUUUUGUCUGCAACGCGAUCGUUGCAGUUUGCAGCGAGAUCGAUAACGACAAGCUCAACGAUUUCGCCAUUACGUGUGCCGAGCUGACCGCCUGCUGCAACGCCCUCAGCGCCGAAUGGCUCGGCGUCCUGAUGGCACUCUGCUGCUCCUCCAACAGCUCCGCUUUCUACAUCGACGUCCUCAACCAGGUCGACGUCCAAGAUCUCAGCAUCCACAACUCCCUCGCCGUCUUCACUUCAAUCUUGAUCGCUCGCCAUUGUUUCUCCCUGGAGGACUUCGUCGUCCACGUGGCCUUGCCUUCCCUGGUGAAGGCGUGCAACGAGGGGCGGGGCGACGCCGACACGGAAGCGGAGGCUGGGGGACGAUUAACCUGCCACCUGCUGUUGCGCCUCUUCAAGACGGUGGAAUGUCCUCAGCCAGGUCUCUACUCGGUAGGCACGAGUCCACAUCCUCUGCCAACCGGGAACCAGAGAGGAUACGGCAUCAAGUUGAGCUGCGACCGGCACUUGCUAGCCGCAGCACACGACAACAUCCGAGUAGGGCCCGUCCUGGCAGUUCUCAAGGCCAUCCUCGUGGUCGGGGACGCCACCGCCGGGAAACAACCCACGAAGAAGUCGGACACGCCUCUAUCCCACCCAGGUAAAUCUGCAGGACCCGGGAGCGUGGGAGGAACCGGGGAACUGUCGAUCAGCCACAUCCUGGGGACCAGCGACAUCCUGGGGGGCGGCGACGAGCUGGGUCCCGGCAUGUCCAUGCCGGGAGCCGGGGCAGGAUCCGCGGCUGCGUCCACGGAGGCCGUCAAGGGCCUCUCGGACUUUGCCCAGCACGUGCUACGCCAGAUCUGCGGCCAGGAGUGGGUCCUCGAGAGGUGUCUGCAGAACCCUGAAGAGCUCUGCCAUCCGGACCUUCUCCUGGACAACAUGCUGACCCCUAGACAGGCCCAGAGGCUGCUGCACAUGAUCUGCUACCCGGAGGCCUCGGCCGACGUCUUCCUUGACCAGAGGAGCCACAUCGCCGAGAUCCUGGAGAACCUUGAACAGUGGAGCCUCAGGAUGUCCUGGCUGGACCUGCAGCUGAUGUACAAGCAGUUCCCUCCGAACUCGGCCGAACUCACCCAGUGGUUGGACACGGUGGCCAAGGCGGCGAUCGACGUCUUCCAGCUGAACGCCUCCUCGGCGAAGCCGGAACGGAGGACCGGGUCCAUCUGGCUGGUGGCUCCUCUGGUUUCUAAGCUACCUAGUGCGGUUCAGGGUCGCGUCCUCAAGGUGGCCGGCCAGGUCUUGGAGUCCGGGAACUGGUCCAAAGCUGCCGCGAGCAGAGAGCGAAGUCGCGCCAAGUCGCCCUCGCUCUUCAACCACCAGCCCUUCCUCUCGUUGGUUCUAACCUGCCUGAAGGGCCAGGACGACCAGAGAGAGGGUCUCCUGACUUCUCUUCACUCUCAGCUCUCCCAGUUCCUGAACACCAGCAAAGAGGAGAGGAACGUCGCCGCCGAGGACCCCAAGGCAAGGGAGGUUCUGCAGGACGCGUUGCAGCUGCGCUUCAGCCUCGUCGGAGGCGUCUUUGACACCAUCCAGAGGAACACCACCGUUACCACCGACUGGGCGAUCCUCCUCGUCCAACUCGUCAGCUAUGGCGUUAUCGAUCUGAACGAUAACUCGGAGCUCUUCACCACGGUCAUCGACAUGCUUGCUACCCUUGUGCACUCCACCCUCGUCUCGGACUCCCAGUCCGAGAAGGACGAGAACAAGAAGCACUAUCAGAACCUGAUGAAGAAGUUGAAGAAGGAGCUGGGGGACAGGAACAACCGCAGCAUCCAGUUCGUCAGGCAGCUCCUUCCUUUGCCGAAAGUUACCAUGGAGGUAAUCGCCUGCGAACCGGUCGGAUGUUUGACGGACACCAAAGGGAACAAGAUCGCCGGCUUCGACAGCAUCGACAAGAAGCAGGGCCUUCAAGUCUGCGACUCGCAGAGGGUGUCCGCCUGGGAGCUCCUCGAGGGUCACAAGAACCCUGCUCCGUUGUCCUGGGCCUGGUUCAGAGCCGUCAGGAUCGAACGCAAACCCCUCACCUAUCAUGCUGCGCAUAAACUGUUGAGGUAUCAUACUCACAGCCAGGUGAGACCGGCUAAUCACUACCUGGAGCCCCCGCCGUUACCUCCGGAAGACCUGGAGCCGGAUAAGAAGGAAGGGUUGGAGCCUGGGAAGGCAGACACCCCGAUGAGUUUGGACUCCCCCAGCAGAAGCGGCAAGGGGAAGGCCAUGAAGGCCAGACGACAACGAAGGAACAAAGGAGCUGCAACCCCCACCGUGCCCUUGGCUCAGCCCAUGCAGAUGCAGCAGAUGCCGUACGGCCAGCAACAACAGGUCGCCCAGCCCGCAGGGAUGUUCGCCGGUCAGCCUCCACAGCCGCAGCAACAACCUCAGCAACAACAACAGCCACCUCAACAAUCGCAGCAACAGUGGUAUCCGAACCAGCAAGGCCACACUCCACCUCAGCAAUAUGGCUACGGUCAACAAUUACCGCCAACACCGGUCGGCGGACCUAGAUACGAACGUCCAGGCAUGAACAACCAGUCGAAGCAAGCCCUUUCGAACAUGCUGAGACUCCGGUUACCCUCGAACCAGUUCAUCGGUUCUCAGCAACCAGCAGGAGCGCCUCCCGUUGCUGCUCCAGGCGCCUUCCAGGGACUGCACCGACAGCAGUUCAUCAGGCAGCAACUCAGGGCUCAGCAUGGCGCCUCGGGGAUUGGGCCCCAGCAAGGCAUGUUCCCGACCCAGCAACAGCAGAUUUACGCAGGAAUGCAGCAAGGAAUGAACCAGAAUUAUGCCGGUUACGGCGGGCAGCAGAUGAUACCUCAGCAGCAACAGCAGCAGCAGCAGCAGCAACAGCAGCAGCAGCAACAGCAGAUGCUACAGCAGCAGCAGCAGCAGCAGCAGCAGCAACAACAGCAAGGCAUGAUGACUCAGCAGCAGAACGUCAUGUUCCAGAAUCAGCAACAGAUGAUGGGUGCGCAGAGGAACCAGGAGUAUAUGCAGCAGCAGAGGAUGCAGCCUGCUGCCUCCAGGCCGCCGUAUUUGCAGGCACCGAAUGUUACCAUGAAUACUAUGGGACCAAUGAGUGGUGCGGUGCAGAAUCAACCUGCUCCACCUUACAGACAAGCUGGGGGGAAACCUGGAGCUGUUGGGGUGUCGACGGCUGGGGUUGGCUUGCAGUCGAAUCAGCAAUUCCAACAGCAAACGAUCAACCAACAACGCAUGAGGCAGCAGAUGCUUGCUAUUCAUCAGCAGCAGCAGCAACAGCAACAACAGCAGCAAGGAGCUACUGGUGGACAGCAACCUACACCUCAACUGGUCGCUCAUCUCCAAAGACACUUGAAUCAACCUCCUCAACAUUCUUAUCAACACCAACCUCCGCCUUAUUAAUGUUGAAGUCUUAACACGUUCGCAGUAGCAAAGUAUCGAGAGGAUUCGAGAAGACGGUAUUAAUUUUGCGUUUCUAGCGAUUACGUUGAAUUAAUUUCUAGGCAGAUAUUCCUUGAAGUAUUUGCAGUAAUUACCUUGAAACUCCUACGAAUCAGUUUGCAGGAGAAAUCCGCGCUGGCAGUUGUAAUGCGUCGAUAAUUUAAAACGCAGUACUUGCCU